GUUUCAUCAAGCAAAGAAUCGUCAAAUACUCAAAAUGUAACAAAUAGUGGGACAAAUAUCGAAAUGGAAAAAACGCCAGCAUUGUCAGAAACUGCGGAACAUAUUGCAAAUCAGAAGAGUUCAGAACACCCCAUACUAUUGGACAUGGGACUUGAAGACCCUUCUCAUGACUACGAAGGUCAAAUAUUCAAACAUCGUGGUUGUUCAGAUAAGGUAAAAGAUGGAAAACAGCACAACGAAAUUUGUGAAGCAAUUGCACUUAAUGACAAAAGUAAUUUUGAAAAUCUUCCAAACAACUCGGGUACAUUUAGCGCAAAUCGACAUACACCAGAAUCUAAAGGCUUGGCAAUCAAUCAUGGUGGUGAAUAUAGCUACCAGAAGGAAACUGAUGACUACCAUUCGAAAAGCUCCCAAAAACAUGAUUAUUAUGCCUGCCAAGUGUGUACGGUACAAGAAGCAAAAUAUAUUUGUACUGGGUGCCGAAAGCAGUGGUAUUGCAGUACAAUAUGUCAAUUAAUUGAUUGGGAGCGGCAUAUCAAACAUUGUAAUGUUUGAUUUCGGCAGACACAUCAUCACAUAUAUAUUUCUGGAUUAAUCUGAAGAAAACUUAUAAACAAUGUUUAAUUCUAAGUAUUUCUAUGUAUUUUUAUCAUU